GUGCUCCAGUGUGCUCCCCGACCGCUUGAAAAAUUUUUUCUAAAAUCUGUAGGGACGUCAUUUGGUCGAGAAACUUGUAAAAAGAGAAAAUUUUAGACAGAAAAUAAUAUGUAAUAAAAAGAAUCGUUGUGAAGGGUAACUUUAAUGAGAAGUGUGAAAUGAAUCCACUGACGAAUGUAAAAAAUAUUGCAAAACUUGGUCAGCAAGAUUUGACAUCCAACUCGAAGACAUCAUGGCACGAUGAAUAUAAAGAGAGUGCUUGGAUUUUUAUUGGAGGAUUGCCAUACGACUUAACGGAAGGAGAUGUAAUUACAAUAUUUUCUCAAUAUGGAGAAAUAGUUGAUCUUAAUUUAAUUAGGGAUAAGCUGACUGGUAAGCAGAAGGGAUAUGGUUUUCUUUGCUACGAAGAUCAGAGAAGUACAGUGCUUGCCGUUGACAAUUUCAAUGGCACUAAGAUUUUAGGGAGGGUCAUUAGGGUGGAUCACAUGUCAAACUAUAAAAAACAUAAGGAAAAAAAGUCAACACACGACGGUAAUGAUUUCAGACAUAACAAAGGUUCAUCUAAAAAACGCGAAUAAUUAUAUGUAAGUACGAAUAAGAGUGCGACUAGUUACAUCAUUGUCGAGAUUAAAAAUAGUUCCACUAGUGUAAUAAAUUCAUAAUUUAUAAUCUCAAAAUGACUGAGGCACCUUGCCAAUAAUUUAUAAGAACUUUUAAUAAAAAUAUCCAAUAU